AUGCGGGGCUUAAGCAUAUAUGCUGCGACUAUAGCCGACGGCGCCCGUCGCCUGUUUGACGGAAUGCCUCCUAGGAAGAAGCGCAAGAGUGCGCCGCCGGUGAGCGGCCUCGACCGCAUCGGCGCCCUCCCCGACAGUCUCCUGCACCAUGUGCUCUCCUUCCUCCCAGCGCAGGCGGCUGUGCAGACUUGUGUGCUCGCCCGGCGCUGGCGCCACCUCUGGAGGUCCACCACAGGCCUGCGCAUCGUCGGCCUUGCCGAGGAGGAGAACUUAAAUGUCAAAGAACUUCGGAAGUUCGUGGACCAUCUGCUGAUCCUUCGUGAGCGCACCAACCUAGACACUGUCGAGAUCAAGUUUGCUUAUUUCUGUGAAGAAGACCAGCCAUAUGUCAAAACAUGGGUCCGUUUCGCUGUGAUGAACAAAGUUCGGGCGCUCACCCUUAGUAUCGAUAGCCCUGUAGAUCUCCACCUAGACAACCUGCCUCUUGUCUCUCGGUAUCUGAGAACAUUAGACCUUAAAAGUGUAGCCCUACAAGAGACAUUUCUUGAUUUUGCUAGCUGUCCAGCAUUGGAGGAUCUGAAGAUGAAUUACUGCAACAUUGAUGCUGAUAGAAUAUCGUCCUGUUCCCUGAAGCAUUUGAGCAUCUCUGACUGUUCGUCCAAAUUGGAUUGCCGGGUCCAUGUUUCUGCUCCAGGCCUUAUCUCUCUGAAACUAGUUGGCUUUAUAGGUAGAACACCUUUUCUUGAAAACAUGCCGUUGCUAGAUACUGCAUAUGUGGAUCUUGACGAAGACUGUGAAGAUGUCUGUCUGAAUUAUGUUACUGGUGUUUUCUGUGGAGCUAAAGAUAAUGCAUGUGUGAACUGUGUUCCUAUUAAAGACGAUAUCAGCAGUGAUCUUGUGCUUCUGGGUGGUAUCUCAAGUGCUAAACACCUCAAGCUGCUAUCUGAAAGUAGAAAUUUCAUUUUCGCAAGAGAUUUGAAACACACCUCUACAUUUAGCAAGUUAAAGACUUUGUUGCUCAAUGAGUACUGGUGCCAGGCUCCUGAUUUGGAUCCACUAGCUUGUAUUCUGAAAAACUCACCAGUUCUGGAGAAGCUCACUCUUCAGCUUUUUUCCAAGGGACCAAAUCAUAAAGUGGAAAUGAAAGGACACUACUGUUCAAUGGAGGGACCAUCUACAAUAUCGAAGCACCUAAACAUACUUGAAGUCAAGUGUAAUGUGGUUGAUAAGAGAAUUCUCAAAGUUUUGAAGUUCCUGUCUUCAUUUAACAUAUGUUUCAGUUUCUGAGUAAGCGUUAGAAGAUAUGGGUUGUCGUUGGAUCUGCCAUCCUUGGCCAUUCAGAAAUGUGAGGCUUAAGCAUAUAUGCUGUCCACAAUGUUUCUAUGAUCUUUUGCAUGCGCAUAUUAUCCCGAUCCAAC